AUGUCUUCAACGACGACGUCGACAACUACAGCUGCUCCCGGCCGCCCCAAUCCCAGCUCUGUGGCCGAGCACCUCCAGGGAUCGUCGCAGUCGUGGCACGGGCACAUCACUCCAGACGGUCCCUUUCCACCGCAGCGAGGUCGCUAUCACAUGUACAUUGGGCUUUUCUGCCCGUUCGCGCACAGGGCAAACCUCGUCCGCCAUCUCAAGGGCCUCACCGACCUCAUAGACAUCUCCAUCGUGAAACCUUACCCCAAGGGCGACGAGCAUGGAUGGCCCGGAUGGCAGUUCCCCAAGUCCGAAGACGAAUACCCCAAUGCCACGGUCGACAAACUGUUCGGAAGCCAGUAUCUCCACGAGGUCUACUUCAAGGCUGACCCAGGCUACAAAGGACGGUAUUCCGUCCCCGUACUGUGGGACAAGGAGACGGGCACGAUCGUGAACAACGAGAGUCCCGAGUUAAUGAGGAAUCUGCAGGUGGCGUUCAAUUUUCUUCUCCCCGAGGAAUAUGCCAGGGCCACGCUGUAUCCGGAGCAUUUGCGAGGCAAGAUCGACGAGGUGAGUGUUUGGAUGCAGAGGGACUUGAAUACCGGCGUGUACAAGGCCGGAUUCGCACCGAACCAGGAAGCAUACGACAAAAAUGUCCCCGUGGUGUUUGCCGCACUGAAUAAAUUGGAAAAGAUGGUCGCGCAGAACGGCGGACCGUUCAUCCUAGGCAAAGACCUGACCGAGUUGGACAUCAGGGCAUACGCCACCCUCGUGCGCUUUGAUACCGUGUACGUGCAGCAUUUCAAGUGUAACCUAGGCACGAUUCGGCACGAUUACCCACAGUUGAAUAAUUGGUUGAAGAACCUGUACUGGAAUGUCAAGGGAUUCAGGGAGACGACCGAUUUCAAGCAUAUCAAGGAGAACUACACCAAGAGCCAUUGGGAUAUCAGCCCCAAGGCCAUCACGCCCAUGGGUCCGUAUCCUGAUAUUGAAGAGGGCUUCGAACCGGAUUUCACCAAGGUCAGGGUUGGUAGCGUCUCGAUGCCGGUGGUGGUGGAGUUGGAAAAGCAACUGCCGGGGUGA